AGACAGCUCAAUCUCGCCUGACUGACUGACAGGUGCAGCUCCUCUCGCAGGCGUCAUCACUCCGGUCUCAGACAAAUCCAUUGGACCACUUGUGCUCCCAGUAUUCCAGGGGAGAACACGAUGGACGAGCUCAUACGGGGUGAAUGAGUAACUGUUUUGAGGACAUCACUUCUUUGACAAGCUCGACUGCAGCCGCCCCCCCCACCCCCGUCAUCUAAUCGACUUGGUCUUGUUUUAUUGCACUUGAGCGUCUCGUUUGAACCCCCUCCCCCUCCCCCACCCAGCCUCUUUCACCAUGACAACGUUUGACUUCUCGGAUGUGGAGGCGUUUUUGGACUGCCACCCGGAUCUCUUCGAGGAGUACCUCGUGCGUAAGGCGAAAUGUGAUCAGGUUAGCAGGUGGUUGAAGGAGCACCAGCCGUCGAAGGUGUCCACGGCCGAGGAGAAGCGCGGCGCCGCCCGCGACCCGCUCUGGCCGAGCAACCCGGACGGGCUCCAGCGCAGGUCGUCCCACAUGGAGCUGCGGCGGAACUUCGCCCGGUCCAAGGCCACCACCGCACACCGGACCUACGACGAGCACGUGAGUCUGAGCGAACACGAGUCGCAGUCCAGCAUGAGGCGCCGUGCGCUCCUGCGUAAAGCCAGCUCCCUGCCGCCGACCACCGCGCACAUCCUGAGCGCCCUGCUCGAAUCCAGGGUCAGCGUGCCCCAGUACGCGUCCAGUGCCAUCGACUACAAAUACAGACUCAAGGAAACCAACGAGAGGGAGUUUUUCUUGGAGUUGGUGAAAGACAUCUCCAACGACCUGGACCUGACGAACCUGAGUUAUAAGAUCUUGAUCAACGUGUGCAUCCUGGUGGAUGCGGACAGGUGUUCGCUUUUCCUCGUUGAGGGACCCGCGCACAAGAGGACUCUGGUGUCCAAAUUCUUCGACGUGCACUCGGGCACCACGGUCAGACCGUCCUCCAUCACACUGAACUCCAACGAGGUUCAGGUGCCGUGGGGAAAGGGCAUCAUUGGAUAUGUGGCAGAGCAUGGAGAGACUGUUAACAUCCCGAAUGCAUAUGAGGAUCACCGCUUCAGCGACGAGAUAGACAAGUUAACAGGCUACAAGACUCAGUCCAUCCUCUGUAUGGCCAUCUGCAACAGUGAUGGAGAAGUCAUCGGUGUUGUGCAAGCAAUCAACAAGAAUCCCACAGGCACCCCCUUUACCGAGGAUGAUGAGAAGGUGCUGCAGAUGUAUCUACCGUUCUGUGGAAUAUCGAUUUCCAAUGCCAAGUUGUUUUCGGAGUCUCGCAAAGAGUAUGACAGGAGUAGGGCUCUGCUGGAGGUGGUCAACGACCUGUUUGAGGAGCAGACUGACCUGGAGAAGAUCGUCAGGAAGAUCAUGCAGCGAGCCCUGACCCUCUUGCAGUGUGAACGCUGCUCCGUGCUUCUCCUGGAGGACAUCGACUCGCCCGUCGUGAAGUUCUCCAAGACGUUUGAACUCAUGUCGCCCCUGUGCAACUUGGACCGCGACAUCAGCAUGGAGAAGCUAUCGUGUUCUGAUUGGCUGAUCAAUAACAGCAUUGCUGAGCUGGUGGCUUCCACGGGACUGCCUGUUAACAUCAGCGACGUCUGUCAGGACCCACGCUUUGAUGCCGAGGCAGAUCAGGCCUCGGGGUUUCACAUCAGAUCAGUGCUAUGUGUCCCUAUCUGGAAUCGAACUCAUCAGAUAAUUGGGGUCGCACAAAUUCUGAACCGACUUGACAGGAAGACCUUCAAUGAUGCGGAUCAGAGACUGUUUGAGGCAUUUGUCAUAUUCUGUGGACUUGGAAUCAACAACACCAUGAUGUACAACCAAGUUAAGAAGACUUGGGCCAAGCAGUCUGUAGCACUGGAUAUGUUGUCCUACCACGCCACCUGCUCCAAGGUAGAAGUUGACAGACUCAAGGCUGCCAAGAUCCCCCUGAGCAGUGAGUUAGGCAUCGAUGAGUUUCACUUCAACGACUUCUCUUUGGACAAUGACGCCAUGAUCACUGCGUCACUGCGAAUGUUUCAGGAACUUGGUGUCGUGCAAAAGUUUAAAAUUGACUAUGAGGUUUUGUGCCGCUGGCUCCUGACUGUGAGGAAGAACUAUCGAACUGUGGUGUACCAUAACUGGAGGCAUGCUUUCAAUGUGUCACAGUGCAUGUUUGCUAUAAUCACAACAGCCAGUUUCCGGGAUGUCCUGUCAGAUGCAGAGAUACUUGCCCUAAUGGUUGGCUGCCUCUGUCAUGACUUGGACCACCGAGGCACCAACAACGCCUUUCAAGCCAAGACAGGUUCUGCUCUGGCUUUGCUCUACGGGACGUCCGCCACCCUAGAACACCAUCACUUCAACCAUGCCGUCAUGAUCCUACAAAGUGAGGGUCACAAUAUCUUUGCAAACCUCUGCUCUAAAGAAUAUAGCAACAUGAUGCAACUAUUGAAGCAGGCUAUUCUCUCCACAGACCUUACUUUGCACUUUGAGCGCAGAAGCAAGUUCUUUGAGUGUGUUCUGUCUGGAAACUUCAGCUGGACAGAUGAAGGACACCGAGAAGUUCUCAGGUCUAUGCUGAUGACAGCAUGCGAUCUGGGCGCCGUCACGCGACCUUGGAAAAUAUCCAAACAGGUUGCAGAGCUGGUGACGAGUGAAUUCUUUGAACAAGGUGACAGGGAGAGGUCUGAGCUAAAGUUGACCCCAGCAGCCAUAUUUGACCGAAAUCGCAAAGAUGAACUUCCCGCCUUACAGCUGGAUUGGAUUGAUGGGAUCUGUAAACCACUUUACCAGUCACUGCUGAAGAUUAACAGGAAGUUGCAGCCAAUGGUCGACGGGAUUGAUGGCAAUCGAAAGAAGUGGCAGGAACUCUGCUGGACCUAUCAGCAUACUAGCCGAGCCUCCGUGUCCAAUCAGAGCACUGAAUCAGAUCAGAGUCCUGAGUCCCAAGAGGAGGCAGAAACCAAUCAACAGCAAGAGUCCACAGAGACCGUGAAGCCAAUCGUCAACGCCAACAAGUUUGGAACAAAGUCAAAGUGCAGUCAGCAUCUGAUGUCCCAAGUGAGCAAGGAGGCCUGUGACGACCAACCACUAGCAGCCGGCAACACAAUAUCUGCGGGAAAGAAGUAAAGCUCAAAGAGUGUUAAAGGGGCAGUAGGCGAUUAGAAUCCAAUACACUUUUUGAAAAAAAUAUUUCCUCACGUGGUUCUGUGUGUGCCGAAAAAAAACAACAGUUUUUUUCAACAUUUUUUUUCUCGGCACAGUCCUGGCUCUGUUAAUUGAAAACAAAAAAAACAUCACUCCCUGACACCUUAAGAUAACUGCUAGCGCAUGAUGCUACAAUUCAGGUGCUGUGGCCCCGUGGUUAGCGUGCCGGUCUCCCAUACCCGAGGCUGUAGGUUCGAGGCCCAGCCAUCAACAACAAAAAGAGAGAGAGACAAGCUUUCUCCAAAAUCCUAAAGCCCCUUUAAGUAUUGGUUCCACCAUUAACAUGGGACUCUUUCCACGUGCACCCUGUGAUUUUCUAAUGCUCUACAUGCACUAUCCUAAAGUGUGUCACUGUGUUAGACUCAGGAGUGGAGAUAAUUCCUCUGUAUCAGACUCUAUUCAAAGGGCAGUUUCCCAUUUCUUUCUUUCUAUCUACUGUCUCUAUCUAUCUAUCUAUCUAUCUGAAGGCUUUUCAUUACUGACACGUAUAAGAUUGAGAGACUGAUAAGACCAAAGAGAGCCACAUCCAUUGACAGUAAUGUUAGUUUAAUGGGAACUGCCUCGAAACACACAAGCCCGUUGGAAUGCCUUUACAAAACAAAAAGGAAUCACUGUGAUUUCUCUCUGUCACAAUUAUUGUCACUAUGAAUGUAAACCAGAGCCUUGUUCCUGAAUGUUUCUUACAGAUUUCUUACCUCGUUUGCAAAUCUUUUGGCUGCAUGGCAUUAUUAUCCGUGUUACCUGAGCCGUAGGCCGUCAACUUGUUCCGUGAAUUGCUUGUUCGCAUCAUGUGCGCGUGACCUCCUGAUUCCUUGAAACAUGUUUACUCUGAGGAAAACCAAUAGGAAUAGAAAUAGUUAUUUAUUUUGCUUCUGAACGUAACUAACUGCAAAGGCUAGAAAUAUUAAUAUUUAUUGUUUUUUUAUUUUUCACCCGAGUGAGACAAAUACAUCCCUGUAUAUCAAAUUCUUAAUCUAUGUUGUCCUUACAUGUGCCAUCGACUUUAUGAAUAUGCAUUAGCUGAGCGAAGUUUGGCUCAUUUCUUUGUUCACUAUAUCGUUAAACUGCACACAGCAGCAUGGAAACAUCCUGAGCGACUGAGCUCUGCUUUUAAGGUUCACAUACAGCAGAAUGUGAAUAUAGAGUACAUUGUCAUUUCUUUAGGCGCAGAUUAAUCACCACUGUGUUUUAUAAUUUAGGCUGGACAGCAUGCUGAUUUGUUGGAACUGCAUGUCUCAUGUUUGAUGUUGACAUGGAACAUUAUCCUAAUGCCUUUGACUGCCCUAUGAGAUUUGCUUUGCAUGAAACUACUGUAAGGGAAUUACUAGUGUUGUAACGUAAGGAUAUUGUUGCUGCACUAUGUUGUUGUUGAGAACAGAUAAAGAUUUCUAUUUUCGAUCACAGACUGUACCAAAAUUAUACAUCCAUUAUUUUUCAUACACCGGACUAUAUUUAUGCAAGAUGUAGAAUUGGCAUUUUCUCCUGCUAUUUAUACACAGUCCACUAAAAAUACCUUCUUGGUGACGACAAGAACGUGUCACAUUUUAGAUAAAAGGGAGUACAUCUACUCCAGGUGGUUUUGGGAAUAAAACGCUGU